AUGGGAAAGAUCGAUGCUCACGAGCUCGAGGUGCUGCGGGAGAAAUGCUCAACACUUCCCGACGGAUCGCACCGGAAAAUGAAAGCCAGAGAGCCACCCACCGCGCAACAAAUUCGAGACGGCCAUGAAGGCACCGAUGAUUUUGGAUGGGCCGUUGCACUAGCAGCCGAUCAAACCGACAGGAUCCUUUGCACCGGGAUCCUCAUUUCCAGUCAUCACGUCGUGUCGGCCGGCCAUUGCGUGUUCGAAAAGAAAGAGCAAGUGUGGAACGAGGACAGGAAAUGGAUAUUCCUCGGCGCCAAAUGCCUUUUCGACAGUCCAAUGUGCCGAAUGGUCAGCAAAACGCGUCAGAUUAUCGAGAUCCGUUCUGUCGCCACGACAAAAACAUGGGCCAAUCCUGAUGGAAAUGACGGUGAUUUGGCGAUAAUCGAGCUGGCAAAACCGGUGGAAUGGUUUGAUGUGGGCGGCGUGGAAGCGGCUUGUCUUUUGCCGAGUAAUUACGUCCUACCAGGGUAUCAGCCAAAAUUUCUUCAAUGGGGCUACGGCGCGAUUGUCGACGGCCUGCAGAGUAUGUCGCCAAUUUUGAACAUCCUCGGCAACGUUCGGCUGGAAAAGUGCUGGCAUAGAAAUAACGCGAGCUGGUACAACCCGCACGACGUCCUCUGCCCGGUUACGGCAAGCGUUCAGCAACGCGUUGGAGAUGGUGAUUCCGCUCUCAUCGUCGGAACCCUGUCCUUCACCGACCCGGAAAAUCCAGUGAUUAACAGCGCCUACUACACUGAUCUACGGCGCUACACGAGGGCCAUUUGUGAGGCAACCGGCGUUUGCUACAUGCACAAAACA